AUGGAUAACUCAGCUAAUGAUCAAGAGGAUUUGAUUGCAUUUCUGGAAGAAGCUGAUCUUGAGCAGUAUUAUGGGUGUUUUAGGGAUAUUUUGAAAGUCACAAAAUUAUCACAGCUAAAGUUUGUGGCUGUUGAAGAUUUAAUUCAAAUUGGACUUUCUAAGCCAGAACAACGAAGAUACAAGAAAUUGUAUUCCAGAUAUUUCCCGAACACAUAUAUAACUAAACUGAAGAGACUUAUAAGCGGCCACCGAAAGGCAGAUUUAAUGAAACAGGAGCAAAUAAAUGUAACACUUGAUGUACAGACAUCAGACAUGAAUGUAAAAGUGCCGACAAAACAUAUUAUUUCAAUUGAGGACAUUACAAUUAAUAAGGAACUUGGCAUGGGACAGUUUGGAGUUGUGCAGCAAGGCACAUGGAAUACUGGAAAUCAAAGACUGCAGGUAGCAAUCAAAUGCCUUGGAAAUGAAAAGAUGACAUCAAACUCAACAGAGUUCCUCAAGGAAGCAGCAGUGAUGCAUAGUAUUGAACAUCCCAAUAUUGUACGCUUGUAUGGAGUUGUAUUGCAUUUAGAUUCUUUGAUGUUGGUGACUGAACUUGCACCAUUGAGAUCGCUUCUUGAGUGUUUGAGGGAGGUUACAUUGCGUAUUGACUUCUCUGUAGCGGUGCUUUGUGAGUUUGCGGAACAGAUCUGUGAUGGAAUGACUUACUUAGAGAAGAAAAGACUGAUACAUAGGGAUUUGGCAGCUCGGAACAUCUUAGUAUUCUGCAAGGAUAGAGUGAAGAUAUCCGAUUUUGGUCUGUCCCGAGCUCUGGGAGUCGGAAAAGAUUACUACCAGACAAAUUAUAAUGUGAAUCUCAAAUUGCCAGUAGCUUGGUGCGCCCCGGAAUGCAUCCUCUACCUUAGAUUCACUUCUGCAAGCGAUGUUUGGGCGUUCGCUGUCUGUCUGUGGGAGAUGUUCACGUAUGGAUUCCAGCCGUGGGCUGCUUUUUCAGGACAGCAGAUUCUGGAGGCCAUUGACGCUCCCAAUUUUCAGCGUUUGGAGCGUCCGGAUUGUUGCCCCGAUUCUUAUUAUUCAUUGAUGUUGGAGUGCUGGUCGCAUGAUCCAAAUGAUCGACCAAAAUUCAAAGACCUUGCAAUUAAAUUGCGUGGGAUACGUCCUGAAGAGGUUCAGGCCAUAUCAACAUAUAAGAAACAUGAAGAUGGCAGACGAAGCAACUUUCUCGAAUACAAGACGGGACAAAAGAUCACUGUGAUCGGAAAACAAAAUUAUACUAAAUCUGCUAUGUGGUAUGGAGUGCUGCCAGGCGGUGCGUGUGGACUUUUCGAUCCAAAUCAAACCAAACCUUAUGUAAAGCCCGAGCGAAGUUUGCCUGGCUCACUGUCUCAUCCAACUCGCAAUUCAACUCGUAACAUUCGAUCAUCCCUAUUGCGGUCGGAUCUCAAAAGACACACAUACUCCGGCAAACGUACCAUACAGAGAAGCAUGAUAUCAAGUCCACAGGGUGACGUUAAACACACCAGCCACUUUGGCCUUGACGGUGCAUACUUUGGCGAUAUAUCCUUUUUGGAUUCCGCCGGCAUUCCACCACGGCAGGUUGUGACUCCUUACAAACCAUCUGAGGAUCUGGAGCAGAUGCCGCUCAUAAAUCCACACUCGCCAUCUCAUUUCAGCGCCUUCCCGCUGCUUGAUUCACCAAAACAGGAUAAUGAUGCUAACCCUGACGGCAAAUUCAAAGGUAUGAUAAGACCUCUCAAAACCAUUAAUGAGCCGACUACAAGUAAAAGCUUCAUCUACAAGGUAAGGUCAAAGGUGAAGAGUGCGACGUUGGGACGUUCGAACAAGAGUGAUGAAGGUGAUAACAACGACGAAGUCCACGAGUACCACGAGAUAUCCGACACUGAUACGGAGAGUAUUGCGGCCGAAAACAAAGGUGAAGGGGGUCCAGAGAGUCCCGGGAUUGUUGUUAAGAGCUAUGCUGACUUCAGCAAGAGUCUUCUAGAAGAAAUGGAGACUAUCUUCCGCAGUCUAGAACACAAGCGGGGCGACGAACCGAUACUUGAAACAAGGAUACGUAUACGCAUCGUAAGAAUCAAGGAUAGCGAUGUUGAAGCAGCCUUGAGGCUCCAUAAUUUGAACCAAUUGGAGAAGAGGAAGGGUAACUCUGGUACAAUGAAGCCAAUGUCAGCUCACGAUGAAAAAACUCUCAAUACGGCCGUGGCUAUGGCCAAUGAGAUUACUACCAAGUCCAUGAACGAUCUCGGCGGUGUGACCAAGCCAUUGAACUCACCGAGCUCCAAAUUCCACUUCAGGUUCCCGUUAGUGACGUCGCUUAAUACACACAGCAUACAUCACGAAUCCCCAAAGGAAAAUGGAGUCCAACACCGUAACUUCACGGAGCAAGCGAGAAGCGUUCCUGAUAUACAGGCUUCGCUCACUGAGGAGAGUCGUCAGGCGUACGUGAGUUUGAUCGAGCAGCCUGUACCGUCACGAGCUAUGAGGGCCCAGCUGUCCCGCGAGAUGCCGAGCACGUCCGGGCUGCACUACACACCGCCGCCGCCGCCACCGCCGCCCUCCAUCACACCGCAUGUCACGCUACCGAAGAUUGAACAUGAGCUAGGAAAUUCUUCACAGGAUUCAGAUUCAAGUGAUGACGACGAUGACAGCGAGAGCGGAAACGUCAUUCCAUUACCGCCUCGGGGCACCAAGCCGAAAUUAGUUGACAAACCGCGGCACGUCCGUAAAUAUCCUCUGCGUCUACCAAACGAGCCGGCCCCGAGCGUCGUACAAGAGCGACCAGCGGCUGCUAUAUAUCAGAACACGAUCACUUGCGCCAUCCACGGAGUGCAGAUAGUAGACGGGCCAGUGGCAGGGCCGAGUGGUGUGGAUGUGUACGAUGGGCCGGAACAUAAAGACACCAAUCCGUUUAAUUCCAUGCAGGACAGCGCCACGGCCUCAGCGAACCCAUUCCAAUGUUACAUAACAGACAACGUUGACGACAACUCCGAUGACGAGUAUGAAGGCCCCGUUCAAGUCAAUGGACCUGGCGUUAUAGAAGUCUCUCUAUCAAAAGAUCAUGUAUCAGUGGAAGAUUUGCUAGAGUUUGCUGAUCAAAAGCCGUCAGCUCAGCAGCGCGGCGUCGAGUCGGAUGAAGUCAGGAUUAUGAACAAAGUCCUCAAACUUGAAGUUUCACCGGAAGAAUGUCUUGAAGCUUUGGAGUUCAGCAACUGGAAUGUCCACAACGCUAUCAAAGUGUUGCGCGUCAAGAUAGCAUCCAAGAACGACAAAGUAACUCUCGAAGAUUGCCAACGAGAACUCGAUUCAAAUGACGGCGAUAUACUUAAAGCUGCAAAAGUCCUGCGCGAUCAUAAAAUCAGCGAGUAA